UAGAAUGUCCCUAUCGCAGUCCCCUCCUGUCUGCGACAAGAUCUGUUUGCGAUACGCGGCUCUCAUCUCCCUUUGUCUCACGCUGUUUAUAUCUUCUAUCUUAAUGCAAAGACCCUUGUGGUCGCUAUUGGAGAAAUCUGCUUUACUAUUCGAGCACACAUGCGCACCUGACAAACAUUGCAGAACAGCCUCUAACAUUCAGGACCACGACGCAUGACUCUGUCCGCGCACGUUCACUGGACUCGUCCAAGUGGCCGCGCAUCAUGACCGAUCUUUCAUCUGAGGACUGCGCCUCUACACAGGUCCCGCCUCACGAUGAACAGCAAGCCUUCACAUCUCAGUCGCACACCAGUCAGGGUACUUCAGGAUUUUCGACAGCCGAAUCGCCCAACUGUAGACACGAGGCGAACGUGGAGGUAGUUUACCCGUAUGCGAUCGAGGAGCCGGACGAUGAGCCGACCGACACCGAACAAUCGAUGGGAUCGAAGGGCACGCCAAUGACACACCUACUCUUGAGGGACAGCGCGGAUGGGCUGCAAGGCGAGCUGGUGGAUUCCAUGGAGGGGCUCUACUGCGACUCCGACAAUAGCAGCCACCGCGUGGGCAUCAGUCAGAGGAGAGGCAAGAAGAGAAAGUCCCCCGGCGCGACCCCAGGGUCAGUCUGGCUCUUUCGACGGUCGUCCUCUAGCACAACCCCCGAUGUCCAAUACGAACAACGCAGUGGAAGCCCCAAGAGGCCUCCCAAGAGGAGCAGGCACUCCAGAGAGCAAUCAGAAUCGCUGUGGCAACGCUACACCAGUGACACUGGGUCGUCCGGGAGCUUCACCUCGCUAUCCCCGUCCACGGACACCAGUGGGGCCACCCCCGACGGAUAUCCUGGGACCGACAGUAUGGAUACAAAUUGACGAAGCGCUUUAAAGGAACCAGAUGUGACCCUGGCUGGCUAAUCCGGGGUCCUGCUCGAGGCCGCCGGAUCUAGACGCCGGCACGUGACGUAGCUGAUGCAACGCUAGUCCCGAAAGAGCUGUCCCGUGUAUGACGUCAUGCGGUCCUCAUCGCCGUCACGGGGGCUUGAGACGACGACGACGAUGGAGACAGCGGAACGAUCUUCGCUCUUCGUCCAUUCAAUGCUCACAUAUUGCCUGAAUGAUCUCUAUCCCAUUGGCCUAUCAAUAUCCAUAUCAUGGCCACCAGAACAUCCACCCGUCAAGCUGCUCAGAAAGCAAAGGAAGCCAUUGCGGCUGCUCCUGAUGUCAAGAGCCGGGGUCCUGCCGGCUCCAAGCGCAAGGAAAGUGUCGACAAGGGCCCUGCACCGAAGAGAGGCAAGAAGGACGACAAGGAGAACCAGGAGGCGACCGAG